AUGCCCAGCGGCUCUUCUGCUUCGGAAAUCUCGUAUGUUGGUGAAGAUGAUUCAGACUUCUUUCGAAAUCUCCAUGGCCGAACAAUCAAUAACAUGAAUUCGAUAUAUCUACUUCCAGCUGACGAGGACGAGACCAAGCGUUUUGGGCUGCAUCAGCGAAUGAUGCAGUUCGUGUUUGAGGGGAAAAACUACGUCGGUCCUGUGCGGGAAACCUUGCAAUUCGGCCAACAUAGAAGAAUUCUAGAUUUAGGGACCGGUAGUGGCCUCUGGUGA